CCAAAUCCAACUUCUUUUCUCUAUUUAAUUUCUUUAUUUCUCUUUCGGUCCGUCCAAAUGGAAUUGGGAAGCACCGAUAUGUCGUCAUUCAUGACUGAUUUCCUCCAAAAGUGUGGUGGCUUCGCCGUCGUUGAUGGUGGUUUCGCCACCGAGCUCGAACGCCAUGGCGCUAACCUCAAUGACCCUCUUUGGAGCGCCAAGUGCCUUGUCACUUCUCCUCACCUCGUCAGAAGGGUUCAUCUAGAUUACCUUGACGCGGGUGCAAAUAUCAUCCUAACUGCGUCUUAUCAGGCCACCAUACAAGGUUUUGAGGCCAAGGGAUUAUCUACAGAGGAAGCAGAAGGAUUGCUAAGGAAGAGUGUUGAAAUUGCAUGCGAGGCACGUCAAAUUUAUUAUGAUAGAUGUACUAAAGAUUCUUGUGAUCACAUUGAAAAUGGAGGGACUUCAAGGCGUCCAGUUUUAGUUGCUGCUUCAGUGGGUAGCUAUGGGGCUUAUUUGGCUGAUGGGUCUGAGUAUAGUGGAGACUAUGGUGACGCGGUUACUGUGGAAACAUUGAAGGAUUUUCAUAGGAGAAGGUUACAGAUUCUAGCCCAAUCAGGUGCCGACCUAAUAGCAUUUGAAACAAUUCCAAAUAAAAUGGAAGCAAAGGCCUAUGCUGAGCUUCUUGAGGAAGAAGGGAUUAAUAUUCCAGCAUGGUUUUCGUUCACUUGCAAGGAUGGAGUCAAUGUGGUUAGUGGUGAUUCUAUACUGGAAUGUGCCUCCGUCGCUGAUUCAUGCAAGCAAGUAGUUGCUGUCGGAAUCAACUGUACUGCUCCGAGAUUUAUCCAUGGAUUGAUUCUCUCUGUUAGAAAGGUAACUAGUAAACCAGUGAUAAUAUAUCCAAACAGUGGCGAGACUUAUGAUGCUGUGCUCAAGCAGUGGGUGGAAUCAACCGGGGUAAGAGAUGAGGACUUUGUGUCAUCCAUAGGUAAGUGGCUUGAUGCCGGAGCUUCCCUUUUUGGUGGCUGCUGCAGGACUACCCCAGAUACUAUCAAAGCCAUAUCUAGAGUUCUAUCCAACAAAAAUACCACCCUUAAAGUCUAAGACACGGGCGUUGGUGAUAAUAUGAAUCCGACUGUUAAUCUAGAAAUUUUCUUUUUCCAGGAGGAUCUUCAAGAUCUUGAUAUUCCCUUUUAACCUCUUUUAAGUUCUAGUGGGCAAUGUAAAUGUAACACUCAAAAAGUUUUGCAAGAACUAAAUAAAAAAUUUUGUUCUGUUUUCCUGUGUUGUUUCUAAAUGUAAAGAAAUGGAGAAAAGCAAUGAAAAAGACUGUUUCCUUGA